AUGGAGGACGAAAUAUCGAUCGGUAUCGGUGGACCGGAUGUUGAGCUACGCGCGCGUAAGCAGUGGUUGAGAGGCGUGCUAGGCAGACCGUAGGCAGCGUGGAUAAGCUGCCGCACUGAACACCACAGGAGCGGCCCACUGCAAGUUCAGUCUCGAGAGCCCCCGAUAGUCAACACCGACCCACUACCGCAGUAAACGGCCCCAAUGACAGUCCGCUUAAUUGUCAUACGUCUUCAGUCGCGUUUGCAAUUGGUAUAUUGCAGGAGCCUAGGCCGAGAGUGAGACCCCGGUUAUCAUGAUAUUUAGGUCCGGUCGCGAAUAGAAGGAGAAGAAGUGGGACCCCAGUUUGCACGGAUCGUAUAUUCUGUACAGAACAACGGUAUAAGGGCUUGGAGAGAGCUGGCAGCCAGAGGAGGGUAUCCCCGGCGCCGGGAGAGCGACGUCCCAUGUGUCAGCUAGAGAAUGCGUCAAAGCGUCUUAGGCCAGGCACGUCUGACUCGACCGUGAAUCUGAUUGGUCAGUUGGAAGGCCGCAUGGGCGAACACCAGACAGCCUUGGCGUGUAGACACUCGCGAGAGCCCCAGCUUUGCGACAGGCGUGCGGGGUAGGACCACUACGCGGUGACUCGGAGCAACAUAACCGAAAAGUACUUGCUAACGUUCUGGCUUUCUCGACACCACACGGGUGCAUAGGACUAACCGCGGUUCAUGCUCUGACUUCUGGCUGGUUGACUGUUUUUCGGCCCUUCUGAACGAGGCGCGUCGAUGACGAAUUUGUCGAAAUAAGAGAGACCCUAAAAGCAAUGCUAAACUCCACUCUCUUGGUGUGCGAAUUAUAAAGAUGACAGGCGGAAGAUAAGUACGGCGGUCUACCGUUAGGUGGUCGGAUGUGGUUAUGUAGCCGCUCCUGAAGUCUUAAAAAAACCAGCCGCCUGUAAUUCGGGACCGGUGGUGAUGAACGUUUUUAUUAAUUGGGCCGGGGAAGACACAGGCGACGGGGUCAAGUAGUUGUAUGCAAAAGAAAGCUUUUGGGAAUGCGCGGUUGCACUUUGAGAGGAUGAGAAUUAGUUGCCCUAACCCCUAGCCUUAGUCCCUAAAUCCUAACCCUAACCGCUAACAGUAUUGUGUCCAUCAGGUGCGACUGCAUAAUCACAACUCACCCGUUAGGCAUCUGCGAAUGCAAAACUCUGUUCGUCCCAAAUGCAGCCAUGCCAGAACCCCCUUCCGACGCGUUCAAUCACAUUUUAGGGACAACAGUGAGAGGGAGGAUGUGCAGUUCUUGCACUCAUUGCCAAACCGAGGUCCUUCAUACGAAAUUGCUAGGAUAUGCAUGCUUAUGGACGGUCGUUUGGUGAACAGUUUUCAGUUUUCGCAAAGAAAAUGUCCCUACGCCAGCAAGCAUCCUGAAUCCCUCUGAUAUUGACGCGGUGCACAGACUAGAAUCUUUCUUCAGACGGCGAACAAUGAGGCCGAAACGCCCCCUGAUGGCUACAGACCAAUCACCCAGUGGUAUACAGCACGCUAUGGCGAAAUUUCAAUUCAAGGUUUGCUAGUGAAUCUAGUCAAGGCCCCACCUCAAGAUUGUCCAAUCACCAGUCCGCAGUCAACAGCGUGGAUAAACCGUCUAUGACCACGUACAACACAUCAGAAAUAUGGUUUUGUCCCUGAGGAUGCGACAGGCAUCAGCCGAGCUAAUGAGAAUAUAGUCAGAUUGCUGCCCAAAAUCUGUUUCUCGACUGCCUCACUGAAUUGUGCCAUGAACCUGCCUUUUGCCCGACAAGCGUUGCACACAAGAUCCAAGUCAGCUCAGACAGCGCCAACCAGGACAAACGAACAGAGUCACGCGGGUACAACGGCUGACGCCCUCUGUGAAGAUGGAGAAUACCGGUCACUGGUCACGUGGCCAGCACUGGACAUCAGAUCAUCGUCACACCCAAGUUCCCGAAUUGUAUCCUCACGUGCGUUGACGACCGAGCAGUCCGCCCCGGCGCCGAGGGCAGCGUCGACAGGCACUCUGAUUUUGCUGAAAUUACGACGGCCGCCAGUCGGCCAGUGAGAAGCCAGAGCCAAUAAUCGCCGCACUAAACGCGACCAUCGGCGAUGAAGUUGGAAGUCCCCAACUGUAAUAAGUUUGUGGUUGUUUAGCCACCACACAUGAGUACACCACCUUCAGCUGUCGCUACCUCCGAUUAUGGGUUCAAGUUUGAGUCAGAAACGCCAGACCUAAAAAAUUAUGUCCCGAACACGUAACUCCAUGUCCUGUACCCUGUGAUUUUUUGAAUUAUUGGUUUGAUAUUCUCUGGAGUUGGCAUACCAGAAAACACAUAGAGGACGCUGGCAGACAUGUCGAGGAGCCGAAAUCCUCACAGCUGUGUCAUGUAGCAUCAAAAUUGGCCAAAAAUAUGUCUGGGCUCUUAACUACAGUAGGUGGGUUAACUCAUGAAAUGUCAACCGAAAUUCCGAAAUACGUUUUCGUUUCCAAAAGAUUAAUUAAGUAGGGUUCUAAAACUUAUCAGCGUGCAACAUAAUUCUAAAAUAAUUCAGCUACCUCGGGAUGCCGGCUUUCGAACGAACGUCUUACCGGCUUCAUGCAAGAGGCAUACUCUGCAAAAAAUGAAUACUUAAGUGGCAUGCAUUUUUCUCACUGAUUUUUGAUGCCUUUAAAAAUUCAAUUAUAUUUCAUAGAAAAAAAUUCAUUAUUUUGAUCAUUCGGUAGAAAAUUACGUCUUCUUUAAACUUUCUACUUAAAGGAAAGCUAUAAUUCAGUUUCAAAAAAGUUUCUCAUCAUGAGAUUUUUCAAUACCGUGAAAUGCCCGUUUAUAAGACAUCUAGUAGCUGCAUUUACUAAUGUGGCUUGUGCAGUUCACAGUAUGGCUCAAAUCCACUGCUCAAUUUUAUGAACUCCAUAGGGUCUCUUCCUAAUGCUGUAGAGAAUUGUAUGCUUUCUGUACGCGAAAAGUAUACGGCUUCUGGUUUGCAAACCCUGAAUGCAAGACUAACGUCAGGUCGGGCUUAAGAUUAGACAGGAAUUGGAAAAGUUUUUGGAAACCGAAUUAUAACAUUUUUCGAGCAUAAAACUGUAAAAAGACGUAAAUGUCUACUAACUGAGCCAACUAAUGAAUUUUUUAUACAUGUUUUCCAUGAAAUGUAAUCCAAUUUUAAAGACAUCGAAAAUCAAUGAGAAAAGUGCAUGCUAAUUAAGUAGUCAUUUUCAUAUAGUAUAGCUUUUGUAUGCAGCCGGAAAGAAGUUCGUUCGAAAGCCGGCCUCCUGGGGGAACUGAAUUAUUAUAGAAUUAUGUUGCCUGUUGAUUAGUUUUACAACCCCACUUAGUUAAUAUUUUCGAGUAGAAAACGUAUUUCGGAAUUUCGGUUGACAUUUCAUGAUUUAACCCACCUACUGCACGUAGGGACUACGGCUAACCAUCUUUCAUGGCAUUACCAACAAAGACUAGGGGGACUGGGAUGGCCAUUUCAGGCCUAUCAACCGUCGUUAGUCAGAUCUUUCAAACCCCGAGGCUCGACCUCGACAGGACAACACGCCUUUGGCUCAGUGGUUAGGGUGUCGGACAUCUAGCCAACAGGUCGCGGCAUAGAGUCCUAGGGAUUGCACACCUCGGAGUUGGUAUGGCGGACUGAUAACGGUUUACAGGUAAGGAAUGACCACUCCAGUUUCCCUUGUCCCUGUCAGUUAUGUCAUUCUGCCGACCGGUGAGCGACAUCAUUAGCCAGUCACGCUUGACCUCAAGUUUUCUACAGGACCUUAGAGUCAAGCCUGUAUUUUAUUGGUCACUGAACGCAGAGCAGAGCGCUCAACAGCUGAGCCACGGACCAAUGUCCCAUCGGUUGCGAUCGGAAGUACUGCGUUCACGAAUCAGAUCAUGAAACGGGUUCUUUCCUUCCUGCCCUGGGAUUCAAUCUCCAGACUUUGCAGGUGGUGUUUUCGUCGCCGUCAGGCUGAGUAAACUGAAAGUCCAACCAGGAGAAUCUGAAAAUAAAGUUAUUUCUUUGAAAAAAGUGUUUGAUUAGUUCGCCAGUACUUCCACCACACUUCUCCGGCAGUACCUGCCAAAUGCACUGACAUUUGCCGCUUCCUGGCAGCUCACAUGGUUUGCAUGUGACACCGAAUGAAGCGAUUUUAACCAGGUGUGGCACGAAUGACUUCUGCAUGUUAAUUUCUUGCGACACCUGGCGGUGAUAAAAGCUCCCCCUAGGGCAGAGCGAAUGCUGUAUAUGCGCACAGCGAGGGUACAUGUGACAGUUGAUUGUAUCAAAUUGUUGGAGAACUACACCAUCUGCAGGGUCUACUACCUCCCACGAGGCCUCAACCAAACGAAGGACGCUAAAAUCAAACGUCGCAAAUUUUUCCAGAAUUGUGUGUAUUGGCGCUUUUCUACUACUACUACUACUACUACUACUACUACUACUACUACUACUACUACUACUACUACUACUACUACUACUACUACUACUACUACUACUACUACUACUACUACUACUACUACUACUACUACUACUACUACUAA